AUGGGCGUGUGCGCGUCCGAGCUCAAGUACUUGGUGCGCCCGGCCAAGGUCGACCAAACCUUGACUCUGCUCGUGCGGCACGCUGUCGAGGGCCGCGUCGACGACGUCCGCGCCAUGCUCCAGCGCAAGCCUAAGCUCGUCAAGGCCGUCGACCGCUUUGGCAUGUCGGCGUUGCAUUGGGCGUGUUAUGCGGGCAAGCUCCCGUGCGUCACGGCGCUCCUCGAGGCCGGCGCCAACGUCCAGCAGACCGACACUAAUAUGCGCAACGCGCUCCACCACGCGUGUCGAAAAGGCCAUCUCGGGACGAUCCAGCUUCUCUUGACCACGUACCGCAUGGACGUCAACCGCCAGAGCGGCAAUGGCGACACACCCUUGCACAAAGCAGUGUUGGCGGGGUCGCCAGGCGCGACGCUCCUCCUCCUCUACUACGGCGCCGACCCCACGCUACAAAAUUCGAACUGUGAGAAUGCAGUGCAAGAAGUGCAGGCCAAGAUCGCGCAGACGAUCGCGCGCAGUCGACGCAACCCCGGGGCGGUAAUCGCGGCGCCGAUGGCGUCAAUGGCUGCCGUCGUCCAAGCCUCGACGACGCUCGAGCCGCAUCAUGAAGGCACCGUCAAUGAGACCUCGAACAACACUGCUGAAUCCGAGGCCGAGGCCACGGCGGUCGAGCCCUUUCACGAAAAACCCACGCCGCCCGUGUCGCUGCAAGCCGCCAAGCGGUCGACCAAGCGGCUGCUGCGGGCGUCCACGACCAAAGUCAUUCUGAGCAUCCGCCAAAAGCAGGCGCUCGGGCAGUACGAGCUCAUUGCGCACAUCUUUACCGUCUACACCGAAAAGGCGACGCGACCGACGGCUGGCAUCGAGUGGCGCCGGCUCCUCGAAGAGUAUACACCCGUACGUUUAUAA